AAUGGUCAACCGGAAGACCAAAGGUGUCCAUUACGCCGGAGACCAUUACUGUGUUCGGUUGACAGGUAACGUGUGCAGUGGGUCUGGCGAUCCCAGCGGAACUGCCGUCCUCGUCGACGUCACCAACGAUGGACAGACGCUGCCUCUUACCCCUGUUGUUACAGGAGCCCAAGCAACUAAGUACAACUAUGCUGAGAUCCUGAUGAAGUCCAUCUUGUUCUACGAAGCUCAGAGAUCCGGGAAACUCCCCCCUGACAACAGGAUCCCAUGGCGAGCUGACUCCGCCCUCAACGACAAGGGUGCUAACGGGGAAGACCUCACUGGAGGAUGGUACGACGCUGGCGACAACGUCAAAUUCAACUUCCCCAUGGCGUUCAGCACGACCCUCCUGACGUGGAGUCUGCUUGAAUACAAGGACGCCUACGAGAAGAGUGGUCAACUGGAGAAGAUGUAUGAAUGCAUCAAGUGGCCGCUGGACUACUUCAUCAAGUGCCACACCAAGCCCAACGAGCUAUACGCACAGGUUGGAGAUGGCGGUGCUGACCACGGCACAUGGACAAGCCCAGAGCGAAUGACCGGACGUAGACCAGCCUUCAAGAUUGAUGCAUCGGGUCCAGGGUCAGAUCUGGCCAUGGAGACAGCUGCAGCCAUGGCCGCUGGAUCCAUGGCCUUCAAAAAAAAAGACCCCGACUACUCGCGCACCCUGCUGAAACACGCCAAGGAGCUUUUUGAGUUCGGGAAGGCUCACCAGGGGAAGUACAGCUCAACUGUUUCCAAUGCCGCUGCCUUUUAUGCAUCUCAGGAUUACGAGGACGAGAACAGCUGGGGAGGCGUGUGGCUGUACAAGGCUACUGAAGACAAGACUUACCUAGAAUAUGCAGAGCAACACUUCGUGACAGCAAACACGGCCUUCCUCGCCCUGGCGGCCGGUGACGCUUGGCUCAACACAGACUCAUACCGGAAGUGGGCCAUGACGCAGCUCCACUACGCAUUUGGCGAUACAGGAAGAAGUUUUAUUGUCGGAUUUGGCGUCAAUCCACCACAGAGGCCACAUCACAGAGCAAGCUCCUGUCCCAUGCUUCCCGUUCCGUGUGAGUGGGAGUCUCAGACCCAGAAGGGCCCAAACCCCCACACCCUGUACGGUGCCAUGGUUGGCGGCCCUGGUAGAGACGACAGCUACAAAGACGACAGAAAAGACUACGUCAAGAACGAGGUGGCGUGCGACUACAACGCCGGCAUGCACGCCUCUACCGCAGCACUGGAACACCUCGCCAUUGCACACGCCCUGCCAACAACGUACAAAGAUGUGUGCCCCUGAACCACGCCUCGCUGUACAUAUAGAUUAAUUUUCAUCCGGGAAAGACAUCUUGCAUGAAAUAAAUAUUGUCACAUUUCA